AUGGUGGAAUCAACCUUUCAGGGGUCUAUCCAUUCAAACUAUAGUCAAGGUUACUCCGCCGAUGUGGACAUCAUUCGAGACCAGGAGUAUCCUCUACUAAAUGGAACAACAUACCUAGAUUAUGCUGGGACAACACCCUAUGCCAAGUCCAUGAUCGAGUCUUUCUCGCGUGAUCUUACAUCUAAUCUUUUUGGAAACCCUCAUUCGAUGUCUUUGUCGUCGCAGCUUUCUACACAAAGAACAGAAGACAUCCGAGUCCGCGUAUUGCGUUUCUUCAAUGCGGACCCGGAUGAGUUCGACCUUGUCUUUGUGGCAAACGCAACUGCUGGCAUCAAGCUAGUUGCAGACUCACUCCGGGACUCCGACCAUCGAGGAUUUUGGUAUGGCUACCACAUCGAUGCUCAUACCAGUCUCAUUGGGGUACGAGAGUUGGCCGAGAUGGGCUACCAGUGUUUCCAAAAUGAUGACGAGAUGGAGGCUGAGAUUUUAAAGCUGGCUGGUAACCAGUCCAAGGCGCCCAGACUCCUUGCCUACCCAGCCCAAUCCAAUAUGAACGGCCGGCGUCUGCCUAUUCGAUGGUGCGAGCAAGUCCGAGCCGCGGCAAACGAAAGUGGAGGGAAUGUAUACACCCUGCUUGACGCUGCGUCGCUGGUAUCCACCGCUCCACUUGAUCUGGGUCCGUCUUCAUCUGCCCCAGACUUCACUGUCCUCAGCUUUUACAAAAUCUUUGGGUUUCCCGAUUUGGGUGCUUUGAUUGUCCGCAAAAGUGCUGCGCGGGUCUUUGAGCGACGGAAGUUUUUUGGCGGAGGCACCGUCGACAUGGUCCUGGCCACUGGCGUGCAAUGGCAUGCGAAAAAAGAAACAUCUAUUCAUGAGCGGCUAGAGGAUGGUACUCUUCCGUUUCACAAUAUCAUAGCUCUGGACACAGCCUUAGAUACGCACGAACGCUUAUUCGGCUCGAUGGCGAACAUUUCGGCACAUACUGGGUUCCUCGCAAAACAAGUCUAUGAUAGGCUUUCUUCAUUGGCACAUUUCAAUGAGAAAAAAGUCUGCCAAAUUUAUCAAUCGCACACCUCGGCAUAUGGCAACCCGCAUACCCAAGGUCCGAUUAUUGCAUUCAAUCUUUGCAAUAGUCGCGGCGAAUGGGUUCCUAAAACCGAGGUGGAAAAACUGGCUACGGUGCAAGAUCUGCAGAUACGCACUGGGUCCGUUUGUAAUCCUGGGGGAACUGCCUCGUCACUUGGGUGGACUGGACCGGAGCUUCGCCGGCAUUACUCUGCGGGAUUACGUUGUGGUGAUAACCAUGAUGUUCUUGGAGGGCGACCAACAGGAAUUUUGCGUGUCAGUAUCGGUGCCACGACAAAUAUGAAGGAUAUAGACUCCUUGAUCAACUUCAUAGAGGAGUUCUAUGUGGAGAAGAUUCCACCCAUAGUCGCCCUGGAUCCUCUGGCCGAAGACGAUGGGGUCGUUGCUCCUCAUUUUUUUGUUGAAAGCUUAGCAGUAUUCCCAAUCAAGAGUUGCGGUGCUUUCAAGAUACCCGAGGGGAAACGUUGGGAAGUGAAGAAAGAGGGCCUAGCUUGGGAUAGAGAAUGGUGUUUGAUUCAUCAAGGGACUGGUGCAGCCCUGAGUCAGAAAAGAUUUCCUCGCAUGUGUCUUCUACGACCCUCAAUUGAUAUUGAAAGAGGAGUUCUCCGUAUUACUUGUGGUGCAGUCGCGGCGUCAGAUCAGGUCAGCCUUGAGAUUUCACUUGGCUGGGAGGACACAAGUCUCAUCUCCACAUCCUUCUGUCCGAGCUCGACCAAAAAAUCCACAAUAGUCUGCGGCGACCGAGUUUCUCUCCAUGCCUACACAUCCCCGGUGGUCUCGGCAUUCUUCUCAGACUUCCUGGGCGUGCCCUGUACUCUCGCAAGAUUCCCUACAAAGACCACCAACCGCUAUUCACAGAUGCAACGGACGCCUAAUACAUGGAAGAACCGUUUCCGCAAGCUGAUCAUGCCAGGCUCAUUCCCACCUGACUUCCCUCCUCCGGUACUUGAGGGUGGUCAGAGACUAAUCACGUUAUCCAACGAGUCGCCAAUUCUAAUUGUCUCGCGUUCAUCUGUCAACCGACUGAAUGAGAUCAUCAAAGCAAACGCCAAGAAUAGCAACAAUAAGACUGUUGCCGCGGACGUCUUCCGGGGUAACAUUGUCGUUGCUGAACGACUUGCUCGCCGUGGGGACGUGGAACAACCAUAUGCGGAGGACCGGUGGUCAUCUCUUCGAAUUGGACCAGAUCAACUUCGGUUCGAUGCUCUCGAUGCAUGCGAGCGUUGUCAAAUGAUUUGUAUAGAUCAGUUCACCGGUGUCCGACGCGCUGAGCCGUUUUCAACGCUUGCCAAGACGCGAAACAUCGAUGGGAAGGUCAAAUUUGGCAGAUAUUCCGCACUUUCUCCAGAAGAACUAGAGGGCUUUGACUCGGAACUACCAGAUCGCAGGACGGUGAUGGUAGGGGAUGUCGUUGUGCCCUUAUAUCAGGAUGACUGA